UUGGCCUUUGUAAUUGCGGCCUGGUCGAUGAUGGGAUCGCCCACUGCAUCGAAGCUGCGAUCGGGAUAUGGCCAUUCGGCUCCAUGAUAUCGCUCGAUAGGUUUCCGAAAACAGCCCCGAACCUCGUCCAUGACCUCUUCUCUGUCUGUCACGGGGUGAACAAGAGCGCGCGGAGUCCUCACGGCCGUCGACAUCGCGACGAGGGACCCACCGACCGCAAGCGACCGCACCACCACCGCCGACCGCACGAUGCAAGGCCCGCGUCGAGGAAAUGCGACGUCCAGCACCGCUGGGAUGGGACCUCCCCGUCAGCGCACAGGACUUCGAGAUCCUGCUGAAAGGGCUCCGACCGGCCUGGAUGGAAGACCACUGGUCGGUCCACGCGAGCUACCGACAGGAGAGCGACGCAUGCGGCGGCCGCUGGGCGAGGAGUUGGACCGGUGUUUCCCGCAUCACGUGCUGGCCAUCGUGCGGAACCUGUCCAGUCGUGAAGGACCCGUCGUCGGAUCGGUGAUCUUUGGAUCUUUCACCCGGGCCGAUGUGGAGAUCACGGCGGAAAUGGCCCAGAGGCAGGCGGUUUGUCCGUUGAGAUGCCUCCUGAGAUGCGAGACCGAGGCGUUUAAGCCGAUCGAAAAGAGUCGGCUGUUCUUCUAUCCCAUCGGGUCGAAGGAAUGAACCCGUUGUGGGGUUCGCUGCCGGUCUCAGGCUUGGAUCUUGUUCUGGCGAAUUCGUACAGAACCUUGGUCCAGCGGAAGCGCACAGCGACGAAUGUCGAAGUAGCAUAUUGUAACCUUGCCAAUA